AUUAUAUUUGGAGCACCAUCCGUUGAGCGGCCCUCUGCUAUUUUUGGGGGGGAAAGAUUGGGAAUGGCAGCCCCUCCCCUCCCCUCCCCUGGAAUUCAGGUCCGUCCGCCUUCUUCCUCCUUGCUCUCUGCUCCACCAACUCCUCCCCUUCACCUGCCAUUCCCCGAUCUGAGGGCAUUGACCGACCAAUGCUGCCAUGGUCCCUCUUUCCGCGGCCGGCCCCCGGCACCGGCAGCGACGCGGAGCCGGAGCCCUCGGAGCCGUCCGGGAGGCAGCUGUCGGACGAGGCCCUGGUGGAGCAGCUCCUCACCACCGUCGCCUCCGCUCGGUCAUUCCAGGAGUUCCGUCGCUCGCAGCGCAAGGAGUGCUUCGGCCUCCUCCGUUGGCUCCAGCUCGUCCUCCCGCUCAUCCAGGAGAUCCGCGAGGCCGCGCCGUCCCUCACCGACGACGCCUACCGCCGCCUCGCCCUCCUCGGUCGCGCAUUCCAAGCCGCUCGCCGCCUCCUCCGCUGCUGCCACGACGGCAGCAAGAUCUUCCUGGCUUUGGAGAGCGAGGCUGUGCUCGCUCGGUUUCAGGCCGUGUACGAGAACAUGAACCUUGCAUUGGAUGGGAUGCCCUACUCUGAGAUCGGCAUCUCUGAUGAAGUCAAGGAGCAGAUAGAACUCAUAAAUGCACAAUUAAAGAGAUGCAAGAAGAGAUCAGAUACUCAGGACAUGGAGCUCUCCAUGGAUUUUAUGAUGAUUAUUCAGAACAAGGAGGAUGGAAAGGCAGAUAGAGCUAUAUUGGAAAGGCUAGCCAAGAAACUCGAGCUGCAAAGCCUGGCGGAUUUGAGAGCAGAGACGAUGGCCAUUAAAAAGCUCAUCAACGAGAGGAAUGGACAGCAACAGGAGAGCACCAAGCACAUAAUAGAACUCCUCAACAAGUUCAAGGAGAUUGCAGGCAUCGACGAAAAGAACAUCCUUGGGGACGUUUCCAUACCAAAAUAUCUGGAGAAGUGCCCAUCUUUGAUGAUCCCAAAUGAUUUCCUUUGUCCAAUAUCACUGGAGAUCAUGACUGACCCUGUCAUCAUCGCGAGUGGGCGGACUUACGAGAGAAGAAGUAUCCAGAAGUGGUUAGAUGCUGGCCAGCGGACCUGCCCAAAGACUCAGCAACCAUUAGCUCAUCUAUCGCUGGCACCAAACUUUGCGCUGAAAAACCUGAUUCUGCAGUGGUGUGAAAAGAAUAAACUUGAGAUUCAAAUGGGCGAAUCUGAGCCUGCAGCUGAACAAGAAGAGCGCAAAGAAGACAUCCCAUCCCUGGUGAAAGAUCUGUCAUCGGUUAAUCUUGAUGUUCAACGGAAGGCUGCCAAGAAGAUUCGGACACUAUCCAAAGAAAACCCAGAGAAUAGAGCACUAAUCCUUGAAAAUGGUGGGCUCCCAGCUAUUAUCAGUUUGGUGUCAUAUCCCGAUAAGAAGAUCCAGGAGAACACUGUGACUGCAUUGUUGAACUUGUCAAUCGAUGAGACCAACAAAGUUCUGAUAGCUAAAGGAGGAGCAAUACCUUUGAUAAUUGAAGUCCUUAAAAAUGGUAGUGUUGAAGGUCAGGAGAACUCAGCAGCAGCAUUGUUCAGUUUGUCUAUGAUAGAUGAGAACAAGGCGGCUAUAGGUAUUUUGGGCGGUAUAGCUCCUUUAGUAGGCCUAUUAAGGGAUGGGACAAUAAGAGGCAAGAAAGAUGCUGCUACAGCAAUCUUUAAUCUGAUACUGAACCAUCCCAAUAAAUUCAGAGCUAUGGAAGCAGGAAUAGUGGCUGCUUUGCUGAAAAUACUUGGCGACAAGAAACUCGACAUGGUUGAUGAAGCACUAUCCAUUUUCCUCCUCCUAGCAUCACAUCCUAAUUGUCGUAAUGAAGUGGGGACAACAUCUUUUGUUGAGAUACUUGUUCAGAUCAUAAAGGAAGGGACUCCUAAGAACAAGGAGUGUGCGCUUUCUGUUCUACUCGAGCUAGGUCUGAAUAACAACUCCCUUAUGGUGCACGCCCUUGGAUUCGGUUUGCAUGAGCAUCUAUCUGAUAUUGCAAAAACCGGCACAAGUAGAGCACAGAGGAAAGCAAACUCUUUAAUUCAGCUUUCAUGCAAGUGCUCAUAAAAAGGGUAAGUGAAAGGAAGCAUUAUGAUGAGUUCUGCACAGACAUGUGUGUAAAUAGGUAAAUUGAGUUACUCACAAAAAAGGAUGUCAAAAGACAAGAGCAUUGGUACAAUGAUAUCUGUCAGAUAAGAUCUGUCACUUUGAAUCUAGGCAGUUAGUUCGUCCACCACAGAACUGGGAGAAACAUGAUGUAAUUCAUUUCUUCUAUGUGAAAUUUUGUUGUAACUCCUACUUAUAUAGUAAAUAUAUAGAAGCUUUAAUUGAUAGGAAGGGUACAAAAUA